AUGUCUACAAUCCUCCUUCGAAACGCGACCAUUCUCGUCCCGUCCGGCGAUGACGUUGUGCCGCUUCGCAAAAACUCUCUGUUGAUUGAAGGGAACAAGAUCGCCCAGAUCGCGCCCCAGAUUGCACCCCCGUCAGUGGAAACCCAGGUUAUAGACUGCACGGGCAAGAUUGUGUCGCCUGGAUUUAUCGAUACGCAUCAUCACCUGUGGCAGACGCAGCUAAAGGGCCGCCAUGCUAACCACACUUUGUUGGAGUAUAUGCCGACAGGCAAUUUCCAACAUGUCAAUUACACCCCUGAGGAUAUCUUUUGGGGUGAGCUUGCAGGCUGUCUGGAGGCCUUGGAUGCAGGGACCACGACAGUCGUGGAUCAUGCUCAUAUGAACGUGUCCGCCGCUCAUUCAUUCAAUGGCAUUGAGGCCACUGUCUCGUCAGGAAUCAGAUCCGUCUUCUGUUAUACACCUACCCCGACGGUCAAGUCAUGGAAGCCGGAAAUCGAACGAGGCGGAUAUCUUCUUGACGACUGGGUAUUAAACCAGCUGAGCGAUCUAGCUACUGCCGCUCCGUUUGGCGACGGUAGAGUACAGAUUGGACUGGCUUUUGACGGGCUCAUGCUUCCCAAAGAUACAAUAGUAUCAUUGUACGACCGAGCCCGCAAAGCAGGAGUAAAGGUCAUUACCACGCACUACGUUCGGGGCCACUUCAGCGAUAACUCGCUCGUGGACCUCCUCGACAGCUAUGGACUUCUUGGACCUGACAUCCUUCUCUCCCACGCGACCCAUCUCACCGCCACCGAUGCCGAGAAGCUUUCCAAAGCAAAGUCCUGGAUCUCCUCCACCCCGGGCACUGAACUACAAAUGGGACAUGGAUUUCCAGUCUGCUUCCAGGAGGGAUGUAGCGAUAUCAGCUCUCUCGGAAUCGACUGCCAUAGUAGCACCUCCAGCGACAUGGCUACCCAGAUGCGUCUUGCACUGCAGAGCGAACGGGCUCUCCGUAACGAGAAAGUACUCGAUAGCGGCAAGUCUCCUCGUUCCUUGAGCCUUUCCGUACAGGAUGUCUUCCGCCUCGGAACCAUCCAGGGCGCUCGAGCCCUACGCAUGGAAGACCAACUGGGUUCUAUCGAGGUAGGCAAGCUUGCCGAUCUCGUCAUUUUCGAAGGAACAAGUCCGGGAAUGAUCUGCGCGAGCGAACAGGACCCAGUAGCAGCGAUUGUUCUGCACUCGUCGAUCCGUGAUAUUGACACCGUCAUUGUCGAUGGACGGGUAUGCAAGAAAGAUGGAAAGUUGGUUCCUGUGGAGAUUAGCCCGUCUUUCUCGGAAGUCAACGUGCCCAAGCAAAAGGUGGACUGGAGUGGUGUUGCGCAGGAGUUGGUCGCGAGUCGGCAGAGAAUCGAGGAUGCUAUGGAAAAGGCAGAGGCCAAUGACUUUGAAUAUUUGGUUCCUGCAACGAUGAGAAUGAUUCGCAUUGACCCGGGUCGGUUUGUGUAG